AUGUCGGAUAACCUAGUGGGAAAACUGGUUAAGGAGCUACAGAAGCUGGGCCUGCAACAGCCGUCUGCACCCAUGCCGGAAAAGCUAUCGCGGGGCGCUGACUUCGGUCGGUGGGAGGCGAGAGUGUCGGAUUACCUGCUCGGGGUUGAUGCUUCGUCGCGAAGCGCAACCAUUAUGGGCCUGCUGGACGACGAAGUCUACGACCUUGCACGGACAGCAGACAUAUCCUCUUCCAUGUCGGCGUCGGACAUCCUGAAUCGCCUUCGUGCAAUUCUCGGGUCGUCUGUGCACCCUUGGAUUCUGCAGUCCGAGUAUCGGGGCCGCGUCCAGGAGCCGGAUGAAGGAGUCCUCGACUACCAGCAGGCCCUACGUCUCCUGGGACGGAGGGCUUUUCCCACCAUGGAUGCUGCAGGCCUCGAUCAGCGGUUGUAG